AUGGUCACCAUUCCGGAGUAUUACGUGGGGAAAAAUGUGCUCAUCACGGGGGCCACGGGAUUUAUGGGGAAAGUGCUUUUGGAGAAGCUGUUGCGCUCCUGUCCUGGUGUCAAAGCCGCGUAUGUGCUUGUGCGGCCUAAAGCGGGACAGGCUCCUGAUGCUCGCAUCGCUGACAUGAUCAACUGUAAGCUUUUCGACAGACUGCGAGAGGAUCAGCCGGAUUUCGCGGGGAAGAUCGUGGCCAUCAACAGUGACCUGACACAGCCCAAUCUGGACCUGAGUGCUGAAGACCAGGAGACCCUCACGGGCUGCAUUAAUGUCGUGUUUCACUGUGCCGCCACCAUCCGCUUUAAUGAGCCGCUGAAAGAUGCCAUGCAGUUGAAUGUGUUGGCCACACAGAAGAUGGUCAGCCUGGCUCACAGAAUGAAGCAUUUGGAGGUGUUUAUCCACGUGUCCACAGCCUAUGCCAACUGUGACCGAGAGCUCAUCGAAGAGGUGGUUUAUCCACCGCCCGUUGACUACAGGAAGCUUAUAGACACUCUUGAGUGGAUGGAUGACAAACUGGUGUCUUUGAUGACACCUAGGCUGUUGGGUGAGCGGCCGAACACAUACACCUACACUAAAGCGCUGGCAGAGCAGCUGGUCCAGCAAGAGUGUGGAAACCUCAACAUCGCCAUCAUAAGACCCUCUAUAGUAGGAGCCAGCUGGAAAGAGCCGUUCCCCGGCUGGAUUGACAAUUUCAACGGGCCUAGCGGGAUAUUCAUCGCUGCAGGAAAGGGGAUUCUCCGAACAAUGAGGGCUUCAAAUAACGCCGUCGCUGACCUGGUGCCAGUCGAUGUGGUCAUAAACACCACUUUAGCUGCUGCCUGGUAUUCAGGCUCCCAAAGACACGCCAGGCCGAGAAGUUUGUUAGUGUACAACUGCACGACGGGUGGCAUCAAUCCUUUUCACUGGGGUGAAGUUGAGUACCAUGUUAUAUCCACUUUCAAGAGGAACCCCCUCGAGCAGGCCUUCAGGCGGCCAAACGUAAAUCUCACAACCAAUCACCUAAUCAAUCAGUACUGGAUUGCUGUAAGCCACAAGGCGCCAGCAUUCCUGUACGAUCUCUUCCUCAGGAUGUCGGGAAGAGAGCCCAGGAUGAUGAAGACCAUCACUCGACUGCACAAGGCCAUGAUGGUGCUGGAGUAUUUCACUAGCCACUCCUGGGUCUGGAACACAGACAACGUCACCAUGCUCAUGAACCAGAUGGGGGCCGAGGAUAAGAAGGUAUUUAACUUUGACGUCAGGCAGUUACACUGGGCAGAAUAUAUGGAGAAUUACUGCAUGGGCACCAAGAAGUAUGUUCUCAAUGAAGAGCUGUCAGGACUCCCAGCGGCACGCAAACACUUGAACAAGCUGCGGAAUAUUCGCUACACUUUCAACACUGUUCUGGUGGUUUUAAUCUGGCGCAUUUUCAUCGCCCGCUCGCAGAUGGCCAGAAACAUCUGGUACUUCGUGGUCAGCUUGUGCUUCAAGUUCCUGUCUUAUUUCAGAGCCUCCAGCACCAUGAGAUACUGAAUCCUCAUCUUCGCCCUCAUCAUCUUCUCCUCUCCUAACUGCUAUGCACACGUUUCUGCUUCGCGACACUCCAGACUCUGAGGUACAGACUCAAUAUCCGCUGUCCUCCCCUCGAAAGGGCGCAAGUGCACUCACACUGCUAAAUAGAAAGCAUGAAUUUUUCAGGGUUUGAGGUUUAAGACGCUCUCUCUCUUUCUGCGUUUGAGCACUUACUGUAACCCGUUUCACCUCCUGAGCGCAAACAGGUCGUGGACGACUUGAUAAUUAUAGUUUACAUACUGUACAUGCUCAUAUUUGUCAUCGCCAAUGGCCCCGUUCCAAUCCAUGAAGCACAAUGAGUAAAAACACACAAACAAAACAAAAACAAGAGAUGGCUUUGUCUCGGAUCUGUGCCUACGUUCAGAAAUGCUCCCAAACGUCUUUGUUGGAUUCGUCUGUUUCUGCCUUACUUCUUUCCGAUACCUCUCAAAACUCUUUGAGACUAAAGCGAUCAGCGUUUCUGCUAAUAAAUGUCUUUAGCGUCUUAUUGUAGUUUCUUUUGUAGUCAAUGAACGAAAUUGGAGGCUGUGAGGGAUUAAAGUGCAAAGUGUUUGAAGGGUUGGUUCAAAUUUUCUGAUUAUUAAUUCAAUUUAUUUCUGUCUUCGGAUGAAAACAUAUAAAUGUUUUUAAAAGAAAACAUAAAGUGGACUCCAGUGGUUUGAACUUCCGAAUUAGCAGUUACCUUUCAGCUUUAAAAGGCUCUAAAUGAUCCCAUCUGAGGAAUAAGCAUCUUGUCUAGCUAAACAAUUGCUCAUUUUGUUUAAAAAUGUUACAUAUUUACACUUGUAAACCACAGAAGCUUGUAUUCCAAAGCUAGAGCUAGACAAGUUUGUUUAUUUAUUUACAUUAUUUAUGUAUGUUUUUUUUAAAAGUGAUUGUCUCGCUAGAUAAGGCUCUUACUAUAAAAAUUUAAAAUCAUUUAAGAAAUCACAUUGUGGUUCUCUCUUAAAUCUAUUCUGAGCGUAGUUUUUAACAGCAGAUGACGCUUUAGGCUAGUUUUGAACUGUACGCUAAAAUGCUCAUGAGGAAGUUGACUAAAAUUUGCCUUUUAAGAAACAUGGUAAUUGUAAACAACUCACUAUGAACGCUUUUGUAAUUCCCUUAAAUCUUUCCUAACUUUAUUUAUUAAUAUUUUUGGUUGUAGCGGUAUUAGUAAGAAAAUAGAUGCAAGUAUGUUUGUUUGUAAAGCAUACAGCACCAUCUGCUGCUAAAAACUACGCUCAGAAUUGAUUCAAGAGUGAAUAGUGAUGCUUUUCGAAAGUCUCAAAAUAAUAUUUUGUACUAUGGAAGUCCACCAUAUUGAGGAAAAUCCUGCAUGUUUUCCUUAUUUCUUUCUUCAGUCAAAAGGAAAUGAAGGAAAGUUUAAAGUUAGAAUCUUGAACGACAAGCGGGUCAAUAAUUUAAUUAUCAGGACAUUUUUCAUUCUGAAACAGUUCAGCUGAUGAAAUAGACAAAAGCUCUAUAAAACAGUCCAUCACAACAUUUUUUUGUCAUAUUCAAUAUGGCGUCUAAUAUUUAUUUGUGCUACUUGACCUUGGUUGGCCUUUUUUUUUUUUUUUCAAAGUAAUCAAGCUCAUUUAGUCAAUCAUUUUUCACUUAUUAGUAAAGCAGGCUUGUUUGUUUUUCUCAAAUUUCUGACACGAUAAAUAAAAUUAAAAGGUAACGACUACAAUUAUAAUUUCACACUGACGAGUUGUGUUUGGAAGACAAAAUUGCAAGAUUGAUUGAAGAUUCUGAGUUUAAAUCUUAUAAUUAGGAGUUAACGUUUCACAAUUUUUUUUACAAUCUAGAUAAAAAUUGCAAGAUACUUAGGAAUAAAUAGUCUUCAUCGUUUUAAAAUGUUACAAGAAAAAAAGAUCAAAAGUCUACAUAGCAAUACCUAAACUCACAAUUGCGAAAUUAAGUCACAGUUGCGCUGAAAUCAGAUAAUUGUGAAUUUAUCAUUGUUAUUUAUCAUUGAAUUGAUCAAAGUUACCAUCUGAAUGCUAGAAAAACUCAAACCUCAAAUUGUUCAACAGGUUUAGUCUUUAUGAAUAAUGAGCCUUAUUAAUAAACAUGAACCCAGUGAAUUUUCAUAGAUGCUUCUUCGUAAACGCUUAAAAAAAUCAUUACGCUUACAUUUUAUAGAUGAUGCGUGUUAAUUUCCUCUUGCCAUAACUUAUUACUACUGUUCAGGUAAUAGGCUUUUGUACAUUACAAACCAAAUAUACCAGCUGUCUACUAUUUUUUUUUUUUAGCGUUCUUCAUCACUUCAAAUUCAUAUCAGAAGGUGACGGCGGUUCGUUUUAACUGGAUAGUGUUUUUGUGUCUGAAUGUGGACGUAAUGUGAAAGAGCAAACGGAUGAAUGUUUUGUAAACCAUUUCUGUACUUCUAUUUUCGAUAAAGCACUGUAGUUUAACGUUGUCCGCUACAAAGUAUUUUUGAAAUCAGUAGGAAGUGAUUGUUUAUGACGAGUGAAAUGAAGAAACGUAAAACGUCUGUGCUUCGGAUCACCGUUCAAAUCGAGUUGCGUUUUUUUUUUUUUUUCCAUAACUCUUUGCACAUCUUAUUAUCAUAGCAGGAAAUGCUAGUUGACGGAUAUUGUUACUGACUUUGUGGAUUAUAGAUGAGCUAUUCUGUCUUUUCUAUUAACGACUGAUUUAAAAAGAAAAUACAAAACACAAAAAAGGAUCCUUGCCUUCAUUUUAGCUCGUAAAUCAGGAUCCUUAUUUUUUAUGUGGGGUUUUGAGCGGAAUGGGGAUUUUUGAACGAGUAUUGUGUAUUCAGGGUCUAAUUAAGAGUAUUUUUACCCCGAAAUUGGGUAAUACUAUAGGAAAAAAUGGUUAUAUUGUUAUAGUAUAUUAGGCAUUGUCAUCACUUCAUGUUCCAUUUCCCCGAAAGCAUUUUAUAAUAUUGGCAUUUCCUUCAUUGUUAUAAAAUUGUGUUGAAGUCAGGGUUUGAUAGGACAGAUGUAGUGUGUUCAACUUUUCUUUGUUUUGUCUGCCUUAUUUAUGUUUUUUUUUUUCAUUUAAUAUCGUGUAACAAUCAAGAAGUGAGUGAAUUGUAUUCCCCAUAAUGUCUGCUUUCUUGGAAAAGUGUAUUUGCCACAUUAAAAAUGUCAACAGAGGGUUCAAAAUCAAUGGGUGCCUUUUGUUUGUAAACCAAAAGAAAUGAAUAAACUAUGUGAACUUAC